CGUGGUUUCAUGAGUUGGAUUUCAUGUGAAGAAAUGACAAUGGACAGUCGUGGUGGAAACGAUGACCGAUCUGGAUAUAGAAAUUGUGGAUGAUAUAAAGAAACUUCACAUAUACAAUGAAUAUUUGUUGAAUCGUGAAACUCUAAAAGCAACAAAAGAGCUUUGUGAACUAAUGAGCCAUGAAUCUGUAGGAUGCUCUUGUUUCCAGGAAUUCCCAGUUGAAAAAGCUCCCGAAAUGCCAGAUUUCACAAUAAUCCAACCAGAUCGGAAAUUUGAUGGUGAUAAUGCAGCGGCAGUAGCUGGAAUAUUUGUACGCAGCUCUACUUCGUCAUCAUUUCCUAGUGCAUCAUCCUAUAUUGCAGCCAAGAAACGAAAAAAUGUAGAUAAUACAAGUACUCGAAAACCAUAUUCUUACAAGGACCGAAAACGGAAAAAUACAGAAGAGAUCAGAAAUAUUAAGAAAAAAUUAUUUAUGGAUUUAGGAAUUGUUCGAACAAAUUGUGGCAUUGAUAACGAGAAGCAGGAUCGAGAGAAGGCGAUGAAGCGGAAAGUGACAGAAACAAUUGUAACAACCUACUGUGAGCUCUGUGAGCAGAAUUUCUCGAGUUCUAAAAUGUUGCUUCUUCAUCGCGGAAAAGUUCACAAUACUCCAUAUAUCGAAUGCCAUCUAUGCAUGAAGCUCUUCUCUCAAACAAUUCAAUUUAAUCGGCACAUGAAAACUCAUUACGGACCGAACGCUAAAAUUUAUGUUCAAUGUGAGCUCUGUGAUAGACAAUUCAAGGACAAGCAAUCGUUGAGAACCCACUGGGAUGUAUCACAUGGUUCCGGAGAUAACCAAGCAGUAUUGGCAUGAACUCGUAGAUUAUUUUUAUUUCGUGUAAAAUUUUUUGUGACCUAUGCAGACUCUAAUACGUUUUUUAUUCAAUAAACUCGAAUUAUAUCUUU